AUGCCCGAAGGCUAUAAGAUUGGGGAAGGAUAUCCAGCUCCGACACUUGAGGAACUUAAAGAGUUUACCCGCUGGUUUAUUGAGUCAACCAAAGGCAGACUGGCUGAUGAUGGACGACCAACCAAGAACACAAUAAAAGCACAUGCACAAGAGUUCGUCCCAGGCUUCUUCCUUGAAACUGGAAACGAGAUUUCCUCUCAAGAUGCAACUGAGCUCUAUUACCGGGAUGGCCACACAAGCGGGAUAGCCACCCCACGCAUUUUGACCACGGUGGAAAACCUCACCCACUUCAACCACCAAUCAUGCCUCCAAAAGCGCGUCAAAAUUCAAGAAAUCUAG